AUGCGUUCCGCGUGGCUUCUCACUGUAAUUGUGCACCUACUAAUCAAGGUAAUUACCGUUUUCGCUCUUCUUCCCGCAUAAUCCGUCUCGUUUUUAGGCAACACACCAGGCUCCCGUCGCCAAUUCGACGUGCAACGUGGCGAGAGAGUUCGAUUGCGGCGGCGGAACUCUGCGAUGCAUCCCGGUCGAAUGGCAAUGCGACAACGUGGAUGACUGCGCGAACGGAAAGGACGAGAGCGGAUGCACGUACGCUCAUCAGUGCCGACAUAACGACAUGCUCUGCAAGACGGGGACAUGCAUCUCGAGAGAAAUGAAGUGCGACGGCGAAGACGACUGUGGGGACGAAUCGGACGAGCAGCAUUGCGAGUACAAAGCCCAGAAGACGCACACGGAUAACUUCGUCUCGUCGGUCCCGAACACUUUUGUCGGAAACAACGCUCCGGAUUGUCGCCCGCCGAGAAUGCGAUGCAGAUCCGGACAGUGCAUUCUAGCUGAGCUCGUUUGUGACGGACAUGCAGAUUGUACUGGAGGCGACGACGAAGUCAAUUGCACAAAGAGCCAUGCCGAGGUGAAUCCGAAAAGAGAUGACACUCUUCAUCUGGAGGUUGUUCUUUCGGCUGCUCCUGCCAGCAACGAGGUUUGUAAAUGUACUUUAAAAGUCAUGAUAAAUUCUCUUCAGGAAGAAAUCUGCCGUCCAGGCUACAUUCAGUGCGCCAAAAGCGACGUUUGCAUCCCGACCACUUUCUUCUGUGACGGCGAGCCGGAUUGUGAAGACGGUUCUGAUGAGGUGAACUGCGAUGCUGGCAUCCCGAGCGAGGAGGACUUCCUCUCUGGUCAAGCAGAUCAUGCGCAUUCCUGCCAAGCAGCUGGAAAGUUUGCCUGCGAAACAAGGGGAACAGAGAUGACUGUGUGCAUUCCCAUGAAUGCCACGUGCAACGGAAUCAAGGAGUGCCCACUAGCCGAUGACGAAUCGAAACUGUGCUCGGAGUGCGCGAAGACACGAUGCCAUCACACCUGCAUGAACACACCGCACGGAGCCAGAUGCAUCUGCCAGGAUGGUUACAAACUCGCCGCUGACGGAUUGACAUGCGAGGACGAGGACGAGUGCGCAAUACACGGACAUGUCUGCCAGCACUUCUGCGAAGACCGAACCGGAUCGUUCGUGUGCAAAUGUGCGAACGGGUAUCAACUGGAGGAGGACGGGCACUCGUGCAAGUACGAGACGACCACAAAUUCCGAAGGAUAUCUCUUUAUCAGUCUUGGUGGAGAAGUCCGGCAGAUGCCGUUGGUCGACUACCAGGAGGGCUACAACUACGCUCCGAUCCAGAAGCACGCGGGGCACGGAACCAUCCGAUCAAUCGACUUUAUGCACCACAGAAACAAGAUGUUCUUGGCGAUUUCAGACGAUCACGGUGAACCGUCGGGAGAACUGGCAGUUUCGGAAAACGGAUUGCUCCGAGUUCUCCGGGAAAAUGUGAUUGGAAUUGGACACAUCGCUGUUGAUUGGAUCGGUGGAAACGUAUUCUUCACUCAGAAAGGUAGUAAUAAACAGACUGUAACCGCAUUUAAGUUCUGAUUUUCAGCCCCAUCUCCAUCUGUCGGAAUCUCCGUCUGCUCGAUAAGUGGCAUGUUCUGCCGUCAAAUAAUCGAAGGACAAAAAAAAGGACAGUCGUAUCGUGGACUCGUCGCCCAUCCAAUGCGCGGCACCAUCAUCUGGAUCGACUCGUAUCAGCGGUUCCAUCGUAUCAUGAUGGCAGGCAUGGAUGGAUCGAACGUACUUGGAACAACUAAAUUUCAUUUCUCACGUCUGUUUCUUCCAGGCACGAGUGCUUCUCGACAACAAGCUGGAAAAUCCAUCGGCACUAGCCAUUGAUUAUGUCCGUCACGACAUCUACUUCGGAGACGUGGACCGUCAACUGAUUGAGCGAGUCAACAUGAAUACGAAGGAACGACGCGUCGUCAUCUCGAGCGGCGUGCAUCAUCCGUUCGACAUGGUCUACUACAACGGACUCCUCUAUUGGUCGGACAUGUAAGAAUCGAAGGAGACUGUUUCACUCCCUUACGAUUCUGUUUUCAGGGGAAGCGAAACACUCAAAGUGCAAGAACUAAACCGCCAUCACGCGAGUCCGCACGUCGUCCAUUCAUUCAACCGUUUCCCGUACGGCAUUGCUAUUAAUCAUACGCUCUACCAGACGGGACCGUCGGUGAAUCCGUGCCUGGAGCUGGACUGCCCGUGGCUCUGCAUCAUCAUCCCCAAAUCGGAAGACGUCUCGACCGCCAAGUGUGUCUGCCCCGAUGGUUACACGCAUUCGACAGUCAACGACUCGUGCAUCCCUCCACAGACGAUCGAGGAGCAGGAACGACUGAAGAAUAUGUCUCAUAUCGGAGCCGCCCUCAUGGCAGAACGAUGUGAGGCCGGGAGAGCGUGCCUGAACGAAGGAUCGUGCCGUGAUGUGCAAAACGAGCACGGAAGGACUCAUCGUGUUGUGUGUGACUGUGUGCAGCCAUUUGAUGGCCUAUUCUGCGAGCGGUUGAACCCAGAAAUGCUUGCCGCGAUGGAGGACGAAGACGAAUCCUCAGGAUUUCUCGUGCUUCUACUACUCGUCUUUCUUUUCAUUCUGAUCCUCGUCGGAGUCGCACUCUUCUUCUGGUUCGCUCAGAGGGAACUGGCCGAAGAUGUCAUCAAGACGGCUCGUGUCCACGUGGACAACAUGGCGAGAAAGGCAGAGGAUGCGGCUGGACCAAUCGUCGACAAACUACGGAAAGUGCACAGAAGCCAGUCGCCAAUGGAAGGCUGCCACUCAGCGACCAACGUCAACUUCGUGACGGGCGAGACGUAUGCGGAGAGAAGAGCGCGUACACAGGUCUCCCCGGUAAAAACAGCAAUCUGUUUCUACUUGUAAAUGUUUUGCUUUUUAGUCUUCAUACGGAAACCCGCUCUACGCUGAAAUCACCGACUCCACCGUCAUUCCUCCGAACUCGUCAACGCCGUUCUCAGGAGUCAUCCGCUUUGAAGACGACAGCCUGUUGUGA